UUAUACUCCCUCAGUCUCAAAAUUGUUGUCUUAGGUUUAUUUAGAAACGGAUAUAUCUAAAUACUAAAAUGUGACUAGAUACAUUUAUAUCUAGACAAAUCUAAGACAGGAAUUUUAGGACGGAGGGAGUAUAAAACAACAUAAGAUUGGCUUUCGUGGCAGUAGAAAUCUAUGCAACCAUCGCCUAUGCUUGGCCAACAUUUGCUUUUGUUCAGACUUCAGACUCAGUACACGGCGUAGCAACCGAUCAGUGGCUGGAAUGGAGGCGGCUGUGAUAAGUAGCGUCGUAGGCACUGUGGUAACGAAGCUCCACAAGAUGAUUGAAGACGACAGCAUGCUGCGGGUCGAUCUUAAGAAAUCCCUCCACGACAUCAAGAAGGAGAUGCAGAUGAUGACCAAGGCCAUCAUCAUGUACGGUGAGUCCAAGGACCACUGGCCGUGGAUCCUCGAGCUGCAAGAGCUGGCGUACGACACGGAGGACUGCCUAGAUAUCUUUGAGGAGAAGGCGGCAUGCGAGGCCAGCGUGCCAUGGUACCACCGGAAGCUUCACCAGUUAAGAACAGUGAACAUCCGCACUCAGUUUGCCAGAGAGCUCAAGGUUCUCAAGCAACGUGUUCUGGAAGCAUUCGGGCGAAGAGACAGGUACAUCGGCAGCAACACCCUAUCUGCACCGGUGGAGCCGGGCGCCUCCUUCAAAUUCACCUCCUACACCCCGGAGUCUGAGCUUGUAGGCAUCACCAAGCCAAAGGCAGAGCUUCUUGAGUUGCUCGGGGAGGAAGAGAAGCCAAGGAGGGUGGUCUCCAUCCUGGGACCUCGCGGCAUCGGGAAGACAACCCUUGCCAGAGUGGUCUAUGAUGACACUUGUGUGAAGAGCCAAUUUCCUUGCCGUGCUUGGAUUGUGGCCUCAGAGCACAGAGGAGACAAAGAGCUUCUCAAGGAGAUACUCCGACAAGUCAAGGCCCCCUCCUCUUCUGAUGCGGAUCUGGGUGAAAAUCUCAAUAUGCACCUGCAGGCUAACACAAGGUACUUAAUUGUAAUUGAUGACAUUCAGACUUCUCUACUGGAUGCAAUCCGACCUUACUUUUCUAGUAACGGCAGAAUCAUUGUGACCACAACUAUGCACUCUAUAGCCAAUAGCUGCAGCACCAAUGGGGGUUAUAUAUACAGAAUGGAAGCUCUUAGCAAGGAAGAUUCCAAAGCUUUGCUUUUAAAAAUUGUUCUUGGCGAUGUGACAAAAUCUCCUUCACCUCACUUUGAGGAAGGUUCAGAAAGCAUCUUGAAGAAAUGUGAAGGCUUACCACUUGGUAUAGUAAACAUUGCUAAUUAUUUGAAAGAACAAGGGCCAGAGAAGAUCACAGUCGCUAGUUGCAAAAAUAUGUGCAGUAACCUAGGUUUUCAUAUGCAUAGUAAUGAUGCUCUUGCAAGAAUGAAGCAAGUGCUCAUCCAUAGCUAUGACAAUCUUCCUAGCCAUGAUCUAAAAACCUGCUUGCUUUCCGUAAGCAUAUACCCAAAGGAUCAGCCAAUCAAAAGAAAAAGCUUGGUUAGAAGAUGGUUAGCCGAAGGAUUUGUGGUCAAAGUCGUCAGUUGUAAAGAUGACGAUGUUGCUUUUGAACAUUUUGAGGGCCUGAUCAACAGGAGUAUCAUUCAACCAGUAGACAUUUGCAACAGUGUUGGUGUGAAGACGUGUCGCCUUCAUGGUAUAAUGUUUGAUUUCAUUGUACACAAGUCAGCCUGUGAGAACUUCAUUACUUUGAUUAACAAUGAUGAAAUCAUAACCAAUACAAAUUCUGACUGUGCUGUCCGCCGACUCUCUCUCAAUAAACCUACUGAAGAAGGUGGCAAAGCAGUAAUGGGAAUAGAUAUAUCCCGGAUCAGGUCACUAACAAUCUUUGAGCAUGUUGGCCAAGCUCUUGUGGAUUUUCGUAAGUGCAAGUUGCUGCGAGUGUUAGACCUUGAAAACUGCAAGGAGCUUACUGAUAGCGAUCUUGACAACAUAUGCAAAUUGUUGCAGCUGAAGUAUCUGAGCCUUAGGGGCACUGAUGUCAGUAGGCUUCCCAAGGAAAUAUCAAAGCUGCUCCAUUUGGAAACACUGGACAUACGGGCUACAAGAGUUAACAUAUUGCCUAAGGAGGUUCUCAGUCUACCAGAAUUAAUUCACUUGUUUGGAAAAUUCGAGCUGCCUUGUGUACAUGGCAGAGCUGCUGGAAGUAAUAGUCAGACAUUAUUUUCAGGGGAUAGUAAAUUGCAAACUUUGUCAGGAUUUUUGAUGGGUAAGAGCCAGACUUUUGAACAGAUUAUACUCAAUAUGAAGAAACUGAGGAAGGUUAAGAUACUGGCCGAGAGUACUCCAAGUAGUGGUAUCACUGGGCUUCUAGUCUCCUCCCUCAAAAAGAGAUUUAUCGGCACAAAUCCUCUUGAUUCUCUAUCAGUUGAUUUCGGCGACCAUUCCAUAGACUUCCUGGACUCCCUUAAUGCCUGUUGUGCUCUUACUUCGAUCAAACUGCACGGUACACUAAGGAGCUUGCCUACCUUUAUCACAUCGCUGCUCGGACUGUCAAAGUUGCAUCUGGUAUCAACUGGCUUAGAUAGCAAGGUUCUAUCAACACUGCAAAAUUUACACCUACUGAUUUAUCUGAAGUUAGUUGAGGAUCGCCUUGAAUUUGGCAAUGGCAGCUUCAACGUUGAAAAGGAGGGAUUCCGAAGCCUUCAACGACUCUGCAUUCAGGCCCACAAGCUUCCACAAAUGAGUAUCGCUGAAGGAGCUAUGCAGCAUCUCUACUCUCUUCAGUUUAUUUGUGCAGACAUCAGCGGUGUUCAUGAAGAUGCGAUCAAACGUCUCGUGAGUCUCAAGGAAAUAACCCUUGCUCCAUCGGUUGAUGCAGACACAAGGAGAUCAUGGGAAGCAGCAGUGAAGCAGCAUAAAAACAGGCCAACAAUUAUGAAUUAAAACCACCGUCUUCCAAAAUAUUCUCUAGGGUCAAGAAUCUAUAGAAGGAAACAUCAUGAUUCGGUAAUAUCACUGCAACAGUUGUAUUCUUAUCUUUAAGGGUUUGUGUGUACUUUCCGUUCUCUUUUCUUUCACACUUGUUAUUUCACUAGUUUACUUUGUCAACUAGUGAGCAUAUUGUGGAUCUAAGACUUUGUUAUUGUAGUUUGUUUAAUAA